AUGUGCGACUCCGAGAACUCAACUCUUAACUGCCCGGCCUCGUGGAAGAUUGGAGUUAACUCCGUGUUCUGGGGGCGGCAGUCUACAACUGUUUGUCCAGCUGAGAAUGGACAGACCAUGUGCACUGGGGCCCCGGAGAGCCUUGGGAUUGUUAAGAAAUCAUGUGAUGGACUGACAAAGUGUGAUGUGCAUGCGUCUUACGAUCAAGUUCAGAAUGGCGCAGAGAACUGUCCAGGAGUUCAGAAGUAUUUGAUAAUUAAUUACAGCUGCAAACCACACCCAAAUAUAGGUAACUUAGUACCUGACUCGACAGAUUUUACAAACAGACUCUUCGCUAGUUAAUCAAUUAAGUGUACGUAGCUUAUUUGUAUUGCCUCCAUUAUGUGCCUCCUUAAGGCGGCAUUAUGGGUAAAAUGACCCUAAAAGAAACAGUAAGGAUUAAGUUGGCUGAUUGUAGGUGAAGAUGGGCGAAGCUCGGAAUAAACUUUAAAAACCUUCUCUGUUCUAUAUUAAAAUAGAGCACUUGAUACCAAUUUUUAACAAGUAUUAGCUGGCGAAAAACCCGGGUUUUCUCCGCUGGCUUUCUAUGAGCUGAUAGAGAACGACAAUGUCAGUCAAUCAGAAUGCCAGAUGUUGCCAUGGAUACCAGGGUAUUCUAGGGUACUAAAGAGUAUUCGCCGUAUAAACUAGUUGAUCUGCUAUCAGGCUAAGGAGCAUCUUUAUUUCAUGGUGGCCUAUCUGGUCUUUGUCAAUUCAAUUAAAACAGUCUGUUUCCCAUAAUUUUAAACAUCCCCUUUUUCUUCAAGAAGUUUAUUUAGAUUUGAAAUGGCAAAGUGCAAAAAGAUUCAAAGCUGCUAUAUUUGAGAUAGGGUUGCAGUUAUUGAUGCUUGCUACGUAUUAUAUGUUUUACGUAUUGUGUUUUGAAGCUCGCUGAUAUACGAUACUACCUAGUCUCCUACACCAAUAACAAUCUAUUGUUUCUAUUUUCAUAUUUUCAAACUCGUAUUUGUAACGAACUUUUAGUUUUAUCUUCAUUCUUCUUUUAGCCCCUGAAGAAGGUUUGCUGUCAAACCGAAAUAUUGAGCAAAUUUGUUUAAAUAUAUAUUUUAUAAUUUUAUUCUUUUGUUUACUUCUUCAUCGCCUUGCCGUGAGGAUCAGUUUGUCGUUUCAUGAUUUUCUAUAAGUUAUUAUUGUACUGAUCCAGGACUACAACUGGGAGAUCCGGCACCACUCAUUGGUUUGUGGCUUUUGAUUUGCUGAUAUUUUAUAUGUUUUACGCCCCUGUUAGGAACCGAGGAGGAUCUGCCCCAGAAUGAUCAGGAACCAGUGGUCAAGUCACCCUUAAAGCCUAACCCAGGCCUCGCACCAAACGUGGUGAGUGACCUCAAACAACUUGAUGAUGGGCCACAAGGAGUAAAAGCACCAGCUGAUGCGGCUGGUGAAAACCUGAACAUUGGACGGCUAGGAAUGGGGGGGUUAAAGGCCUUGGAAAAGAUAAAUAAUCUCAUUAAAGCAUCAGCCGAGACACAGGACGGAGAGGAGGGUCCAUCGGAUAAUGGGCUGACGGACGAACAGGCGCAAGCUAUUGAACGUAUGAUCAUUGAAGGAAUACACCACAUAAAGAAGAACACCCCAGAAGGGUCUGGGACUCAAAGAGCCUCCAUCCCACGACAAAAGAUCACGCCAAAUGUGAUCUCUAAAGCUUUUCCAAAAUUUCCACAAGCAGCUAGACCGAAAGGUGUUCCAGUGCAAAACCAAAGUAAAUCAACAACAGCACAGAAAAAAGACUCAAAACCUGUCGCAGCACUGGUUCAAGUAGGAACUCCGAGGCUUCAGAAAGGAGAGCCGAAAUUGAAAGGGGUUUCACAGAGUAACCAAGUUCAUUCAAAGUCUACACUAGGAUCCAGUAAAAUGAGACCCAUUCCUGUUCUCAAAAGUAAAUUCACAGAACAGAGGAAGAAUUCAGAACCCAGAAAACUUCGUGGUUUAGGUCUGGGUAUUGCAGGAACCGGAAAUUCACCUUAAGAGCGAUGUACAGUAACUGAAAUAAGGUCAUACAUUACAAGUUUCAUUCUUGUGUACGGCCAUGCAGCUGUAUAGUUAUGUUAUAAACAACUGUAACAGAAUUUUUUUCAGAUAGAUGUCAUGCGGUAUAUAUCUUGAGCAAUGUUUAAAUACUAUUCUAUAAGAGUGCGUUAGUUUUCAUCAGUCACUGCGGCGACUGAAACCUAAGAAGGUACCCUCCGAAAGAAAUUAAACUUCAACCUGGAGUGAUUCGAUGAAGAAGUAGCUGUGUCAAAGAAAAUUUUAACAGGACGACACAGUUUUCUUUUCAGGCUUUUUUUCUCAUUCUUUGACUCAUUUUAUGUAGAACCCCAUUCAACAUGACCACUACUUUCUAAGUUUAUAAAUGUUACUUCAAAUCGACCACCAGCAGGUCCAAGUGAAAGUGUGGGGAAAACAGCAAAUCUCCUUAGCCCAACAGAACAAUAGCAGGUGUUUUUCAAAGGCUAAUGAAAAUAAUGGUUUUUUAUAAGUUCGUGGCCACAGCAAAUCGAUCAUAGUCAAUGUAGACCGCUUCAGAAAUAAUAACGAUAAUAAUAAUUAUACUUCGCGUAGACGCGAGAGAUUUAAUAAUGUAGCAUUG